AUGAUGCAGUCCCUGGAAGAAGGCAGCGUGCCGCUCACGUCGAGUGCAGACACUCAACUGCGGGCGGCAGCCUUCAGGUCACAGGUAGCACUGCUGUGCGUGGUCGCCUUGGAUAGCGUGCUUGCUCCAUUGGUGGUCCUGUCGCCAUUUUCCUUCGACACAAAUGCCUGGUCCGCCAGCCAGAUACAGCACUGGAGCUUCGACAAAUCCAUUGCCGACUGGCCCCUGUGGGCGUGGACGAGGGAUGUCCUGAUUUGUGGCUUUCUCUUCUAUGGCCAAAAGAUUCAAGACCAGAAGGCUGGCGCGAGGCUGGCCCGGCGAUGCAUCGUGGUCGUGCUGCUCAUUGGCAUCCUCAGGGCCACCCUUUUGGACUGGGAGCUGGCGGAGGCCGGAAAGAUCUUUAUGCCGACAGUGGCCUGGGGCACCGUUGCGGCGUUCUCCCUUGCAGCCGUCUCUCAAGUUUACUUGAUAGCCUGUCGGCGAGAGGCAGCGGCUGCAGAACAGGCGACUGCAACACAGGAGGCCUCAGCGACGGACACAGGCGAGCAGCAGUACUCGUCGAAGCUGUCCUUCUUCCAGACCUUGAAGGUUCUGAAGCCUUACUUCUGGCCGUCCACGGGCAAGCCCCAAGAGGUGCUGAUGAACCGCAUUCGAGCCUCUUUGACUUGGUUCUGUGUCGUGCUCUCGAAGGCCUUCAACAUCAUCUCCCCGAUCUACCUAGCCCGGGCCACCAAUGCCCUCUCUGCGGCUUUGAAGCGAACAAGCUCGCCGCAAGAGAUUACCGAAGAGAUGUGGUGGCCCUUGACGGAGUACGCGGCCAUGGUUUUCUUCUCCAAGGCAUUGAAGGAGGCGCAGUCUCUUGUGUACAUCAAGGUGCAACAAGCCGCGUACAUUGAGAUCGCGGAUAACACAUUCGCUCACCUGCACGGCCUCUCUCUGGACUGGCAUCUCAGAAAAAAAAUGGGGAACGUCAUCCGCUCCAUGGAUCGCGGAAUCCAGGCUGCGCAGCAGACAAUGCAGUAUGUGUUCCUCUACUUGGUUCCGACGCUGAUCGAGGCCUUAACCGUGGUACUCAUUUUCAUUUUCCACUUCGAAAAUGCACAGCUGGCUGUUUUCGUCUUUCUGAACCUCUUCGCAUACAUCUAUGCCACGGUGAAGGUCACUCUGUGGAGGAAGCAGUUCCGCACGGCCACCACAAAGCAUGACAACGACCUGCAUGACCGCAUCACCGACUCUCUGGUGAACUACGAGACUGUGAAGUAUUUCACGGCAGAGAACUACGAGCGCGCGGAGUACCGGAGUCUUGUGGAAAAGUUUCAGAAAACAUCGAUGGCGACGCAGGCAUCCCUGUCACUGUUGAACGUGCUGCAGCAGCUCAUCGUCAACUUUGCGCUGUGUGGUGGCAUGAUUAUCGCCACCAUCCGUGUGCUCCAGGUUCAUGGAGAUUUGGGCGAUUUCGUUGCUGUCAACGCGUACAUCAUUAACGUCUUCACACCACUCAACUUCCUGGGGACCAUCUACAACAUGGUCGUGAAUGCCAUCGUGGAUAUGCGAAGCUUCGGGCAGCUCCUGGCAGAGACCUCCGAAGUUCAGGACGCUCCCAAUGCCGCGGAGCUCAACCUCGCCGAGCGCGAGGCGCCCAUGGUGUCCUUCUUCCAAGUCAACUUCCACUACUCCAAGCAGCCUCUGGGCCGAGCCAUAAAGGAUAUCAGCUUCGAGAUUCCUCGUGGUGGUUCCUUGGCCCUCGUGGGGGCCACCGGCGCGGGCAAGACAACGAUCACGCGGCUCCUCUUCCGGUUCUACGACGUUGUGUCAGGUCAGGUCGCCGUGAAUGGCCAGGACGUGCGGACGGUUACGCAGCGUUCUUUGAGGGCGGCCAUCGGCAUGGUCCCGCAGGAUGUCGUGCUGUUCAAUUCCACGAUUUCGCACAACCUGCGAUACGGCAACAUCAACGAGGCCACUACAGCGGACAUUGAGAAGGCUGCCAAGAGCGCACAGCUGGAUGGUUUUAUCGACCAACAGGCCCAAGGCUACGAAACACUCGUGGGCGAGAGGGGCCUCAAACUCAGUGGAGGUGAGAAGCAGAGGUUGGCCAUUGCCCGUUGUUUGGUGAAAGACCCGCCGAUUGUCGUGCUGGAUGAAGCCACCUCGGCUCUGGACUCCCAGACGGAGCAGAAGAUACAGCAAGCGCUGAGUGUGCUCAGCGCCUCGAGGACGGUCGUGGCCAUCGCCCAUCGCCUCAGCACCAUCAAGGCCUACGAUCAAAUCUGCGUCCUGGACGCCGGGCAAAUCGUGGAGUCCGGCACGCACGACAGUCUCCUCAGCAAAGGGGACAACUAUGCACAGAUGUGGAAAAGACAAGCUGCCGGCAUCAUGGACGAUGAUAUGGAGGAUGUGGUAAUGGCAAAUGGUAGCCCCAAGACGGCCGCUGCCAGUUGA